AUGGAAACAGCUGCAGAUCCGCCAAACAGUACUGAGAUGAUUUUAAGUCAUAUCUUGAAUUUGUUUGUGAAUCAGCUGACCAUCAUCAUGACUGUGACAUUUGGUUAUUUUUCAGAUUCAACAUUUCCUGAGGAUUUCUCCAUCUUAUUGACAGUUCGUGCAAGGAAAGGAAAGGCAGCCUUUCUCCUAUCUCUCUACAAUGAGCAGGGCAUCCAACAGUUAGGAGUGGAACUGGCUCGCAGCCCCAUUUUCCUCUAUGAAGACCAGACAGGGAAGCCAAGCCCAGAGGAAUAUCCAGUUUUUAAUGGAGUCAACCUGAUUGAUGGGAAAUGGCAUCGGGUAGCAAUCAGUGUGCACAAGAAGACAGUCACCAUGAUCCUGGAUUGCAAAAAGAAGUUCCAGAAAUCACUAAACAGGAGCAAACAGCCCGAGAUUGAUACAAACGGUAUCAUUGUGUUUGGAACACGGAUUCUGGACGAAGAUGUCUUUGAGGUUACUGCAGGACCUCUUCCAAUAAUGCUGACUUUUCUCAUAGCAAUUCAACAGUAA